UUUUUUUUUUUUUUUUUUUUUUUUUUGGCCCGCGCCGUAAUCUCAGACCCUCCGUUUGUCUUCGUCGGCGCUGGUACAAAUACUACGUAUAAAUCCACAAGCCAAGGUCUGCCACUCUUGGAUCGGACUUAUCCCAGUAUACAGUCUUUGCUGGCGCAAGUAUCUACAUUUGAAGCUCUCCCCUGUGGAUUGUCAUAAUCACCCACCGAGCUUCUUCAUAAUGCCAAAAUUCGACUUCCCUCUCUUUUAUAUUCUGCGGGGCGUUCAAGCCAUCUUCGCCCUCAUCGUCUUGGGCUUAACAGGACACUUUGUGAACAGAGUCUACGGCCAUGCUGAUACAGUCAAUUUCAUGCUAUUUAACGGCGUAUGGUCACUUUUUAUCGUCGUUCCAUAUUUCAUCCUGGCACCAAUCCUCGUCCCCGCACUUGCCCACCGUUUCGCUCUCGUGGCUGUGGAUGCAGUCACCAUGAUAUUCUGGUUUGCUGGUUUCAUUGCCCUAGCUGCCGACAUUGGUGAUCCUCAAGGUUGUUCAAAAGGUUCUCUAUGCCGAGAGAUGCAGGCUGCCACAGCCUUUGGGGCUUUCAGCUGGGUUUUGUUCCUAGCCACAGCCGUUUUGAACGCGCUUGGUGCUCUUCGGAGAGAUCCGACGCCUGGCCCUCAGCCUCCUACUGCUCAUGUGCCAUGAGCCUACAGGGUGCUGAAUGUACUUGCAAGGGUCAACAACUGACAGUUUUCAUGACGUCAUUUUCGGGGCCCCAAGUGAGCCAUUCUGAGAUUUAUGUGUAACCUGUGUUUGAAUAUUUGAUGCAAUGCUGCUAAUGUCCCUUUUUUGUCUCAUUAGCUCCUGUACUGAACUCGUGGAUACCCCCUAUUUUGAUAUCAGUUUAAUAAUACCCUCGUGUGCUGCAUUAUUUGAAACAGAUGAUCAACUAAACUGCUGUGACCAAUUUAUAUCUGGUUCUCCUUGGCGUCGUGGGUAGCUGAAACCAAGUAAAACUGAGGCGUAGU